AUGGCAACCCAAGACCGCAAGCUUCCGUUAGGCAAGAUCGAGCCCAAUUCGCUCAAAUACUUCCUGAGCUGUGGUGCCGGAGGUAUUAUCGGACCCACCCAUACCGCCGUCACACCUCUCGAUCUCGUAAAAUGUCGCCGGCAAGUCGACCCGAAAAUCUACACCUCCAACAUCCAAGCAUGGCGCACCAUCUUCUCCAAGGAAGGUCUCCGCGGAGUCUUCUUCGGCUGGUCCCCCACCUUCCUGGGCUACUCCUUCCAAGGCGCCGGUAAAUACGGUCUCUACGAGUACUUCAAGCACCUCUACGGCAACCAGCUAUUCCCCGAAACGAACCGCACCCUGGUCUUCCUGGGCGCCAGUGCCUCGGCCGAGUUCUUCGCUGAUAUGGCACUGUGCCCGAUGGAGGCGAUCAAGGUGCGGAUGCAGACUACGCUCCCGCCUUAUGCUUCCGGGCUGCGGGAGGGUUGGGGCAAGAUUGUUGCGAAGGAAGGCUUUGGAGGUCUGUAUAAGGGUCUGUAUCCGCUGUGGGCGCGUCAGAUCCCGUACACCAUGACCAAGUUUGCGACUUUCGAGGAGACGGUGAAGAUCAUUUACUCGAAGAUGGGGAAGCCGAAGGAGGAGUAUGGUCAGUUGACGCAGACUGGUGUUAGCUUCUUGGGUGGUUACAUUGCUGGUAUCUUCUGUGCUGUUGUCAGUCAUCCGGCGGAUGUGAUGGUUAGCAAGCUUAAUGCUGAUCGGAAGGCUGGCGAGGGUGCAUUGACGGCUGUUUCCCGCAUUUAUGGCAACAUCGGAUUCUCCGGUCUUUGGAACGGUUUGCCGGUUCGUAUUGUGAUGCUUGGAACCUUGACUGGUUUCCAAUGGCUCAUUUACGACUCAUUCAAGGUCUUCCUGGCUAUAAUCCGCAUCCACCCCUCGCUUCGCAUCAAGCCCAACGCUCAACGGAUCCCGAAUAGCAUCGCAAAACACAUUCCGCCCCCAUCAUCGCCCAAUUCCCUCCUCAAACGACACCUACCAUUCCAACCCUUCACAAUGGAAGCUUCCCGCCAACAGACCUCCAUCCCACCCGCCAACCCCCCCAGUGUCGAAAUCGCCUACAAGCGCAAGUGCAUAGCGCUCAAGAAGCGUCUCGCCGAAGUCGAAGCCGAAAAUGAACUCAUGCGCACCCGCAACCGCCGCGGAACCCAAUACAUCCAGAAAAUGCGCCUGGAAACCUGCAUGCUCCUCGAGCGUCUCACAAAGGUCACCGGGAUGGCCGACGAGGCCAAAUCAGGUGCCUCGAACCCGGAGCUGCGUGCCCGCGCCGCGGCAAUGAUGUCCACCACUCAGGUAGACUCUCGCCUAGAAGACGACACAGAAGGAAGCUCUGACGAGCAGCCUCGAACGCCGGAGGAAAGGCCUUUGCGCGUUAAGCGCUCCCGCAAGUCUGCUGCUGCUGGGCUUGAUGGCGACGAAGAGAUUCAUCACGAGGGACAUCCGGAGUCGGUGGAUCCUUCAGGCGCCGCAUUGCCUCGUCUUGCUCCGGCCCCGACGCAGGAGUCGUUGACGCACUCUUUCCGCGUGCAGACUGGUAGUGGUGGUUCGGCGGAUCAGACUCCUGUUGCUGGUGAUGGUGCUGUGGAGGCUGAGGUGGGUCCUGAGACUGGGACUACGCCUAUGGAUAUGGAUAAGGAGGAGGUGAAGGAGGAGCCGAAAAUCGAGCAGCCUUGA